GGGUUGUCGUCUCACUUGCAAGACAGAUGACCAUCAACCUCGAACAAGGAAGGUGUGGUCAUGGUAAGGCGCGGUCCGAUCGAGUACGCGACGUAUCCCCAUCCAACGCCUUUUUCGCGACCGACCAGAGAUAGACAAAGCUGCAGCAAAUCAUGAGUCCCUGCAUCAUCAAUCUCAUGGAGAAUAUUUAGCACAUUCUCAACUUCCCUGGCAAUUAUCCUGCUUUUACUCCAGCCGUUGUGUAUAGCCUUCUCGUGAUGGAGCUGCAAGUCAAGAUACACAAGCAACUGAUCGAUCUUAGUAUGCGCGCCCUGCCCCGCAGAGGAAGCAGUGCGGCGGGCUGGUGGCUGCAUAUGCCGUCAUUGCUCUAAUCAAUGUUUGAACAAAAUCACUAGACUUUCCACCCAUUGGAAAUCCUCUCCCUUUCGUUGUCUCUUUUACAAAGCUUAAACCGACAUCUCUGCUGAGACAGAGAAUCUAGCCAUCAAGAUGGACAAGGUCACUCAAGUCGUCAUCUUUUCGUCGACAGCAAUUGCCCUCUAUGGUUACGAUCAAGGUAUGAUGAGUCUGAUCAACACCAAUGAAGACUAUCUCAGCACCAUGGGCUUGCCUGAGGAGAGUCCCAUUGUGGGUCUCAUUGUAGCUCUGUACUACCUGGGCACCGCUGUUGGAGCUGUCAUCUUCUCCUACCUGGCAGACCGCUUCGGAAGAAAGCCUGCGCUAUUUGGAUGCUUGGCCAUGUCUUCUCUUGGAAAUUUGAUCAUGUUUGUUGCCGGCUUGAAGUUCUCACAAGGAGCUAUUAUCGUCAUGAUUCUUGGUAGAAUUGUCAUGGGUCUGGGUGUAGGUGGUGUCGAUGCUGUGGUUCCCGUUUACAGCUCCGAGCUUUCCGAGGACGAGGCCCGUGGAAAGGCACUUGCCCAAGAGUUCCAGAUGAACAUCUUUGGUCUGAACAUGGCAUUCGCUAUCAACCUUGGCUUGACUGUUGCUCUCGGUAAAUCCAACCAGUGGGCUUGGAGACUUCCCAUCAUCAUCAUGCAGGUCUACCCUGUUCUACUCAUGUCGUUCAUCGGUAUCCUCCCCGAGUCUCCCAGAUGGCUUGUUUCCCACGAUCGCAAGGACGAUGCCAAGGCAGCACUUGCCAAAAUCUAUGGAGAAGAUCAGGCACAGGAAACUCUGGACAAUCUCGUCGAAUCCAAUGAUAACGAGUCUUCCAAAAAUGUCACUUACACCGACAUGCUCUCUCCCGGACACGCCCAGUUCCACCCAACCAUGGUCACUGUUAUGGGACAGAUCAACCAGGCACUCACAGGAUAUGGAGCUGUCUCAGUUUAUGGUCCUCAGAUCUUCGAGCUGCUUGGAUUUGAAACGCGCAUGUCUGAGUACCUGACUCAAGGCAACUACGUCUCUUACUUCAUCUUGAUGACAUUUGCAUGGCUUCUGAUUGACGCUGUUGGUCGUCGUAAGAUGUUGCUCGGAGGAUCAAUCGUGCUCACUCUCUGUUUCUUCUUGCUCACAUUAUUUGGAGGUCUGGCUUUCAACUCCGAAGACCUUGGUAUUCCUGACAUGGCCGUUGCCAUUCCUGGUAUUGUAGCCCUUUACGUGGGCACGGGAGCUUUCGGCAUUGGCUGGCUAGCAACCAUCUGGCUUAUUCCCACGGAGAUCUUCCCAACAACUGCCCGCGCUCAAGGCACAGCUGUUAGUGUCGUUGUUUGGGGAUUGGCCAACUUCGCAGUCACUCUUCUUACUCCCAUCUUGUUCAACAAUCUCAAUUACUGGCUCUUCCUCGUCUUCGCUUUCUCGAACAUGUUCGCGGGUGUCUGGACUUACUUCUACCAGCCUGAGACUGGUGGUCGUAGCUUCGAGGAGAACCAGAAAUUCUUCGAGGAAGCCAAGAAGUCUGGUACUUGGAGAGUGGGUGCUGUUCUUGACGGCGAGUUCAAGAAGAUGCCUUACCCUAACUCGGAGGAUGACGAGAGCGAAAACACACCUUUGUUGAGAAGAGUGAGGGAUCAAGUCUCGGCUUGAGUCUAGAACGAAGUAUGGUCGCAGGCCCGAAAGUUGAUGAUUGAAUGACGAUAUGGUGAUAGUGUUGAUGGAUUAUGAUUGCAAGACGAUAAAAAUAGUAUAGAAGUAGCUACAUACAAAAUUUAUUGGGAGAUACAACCUCCCUUUUUAUAGAAC